UAGUCCAUUUACUUUUUUGGGGGUGAUUAUUUAAUUUACAAGUAUUUCGCCUUUGUAAAAUAUUUUAGGAUCGUAAAAACUAAUGCAUUUAAAAUUAUAUUCUAAAAGCUAGUCAUGAUGUUUUAAAUAUUAUUUAUUACUUUGAGAAUAUUUCUGACUACCCCCUCCCUGAAGGGAAGCAUACAAAAUGGCGGAAGCAACGAGACGUUUCGUUGCAUGGCGUCCUCCUACAACACUGUUUUACCACGAGUCCAUGGAGGCUUUAGCUCACAGCAUCGCGGAAACAUGCAGUGAAAAGAACAUCCUUACCAGAGAUUCAAAAAAUGACUCAAGUCAUUACAUCCAGUGUGUUGAAAUGAAGACAAUUCACUGGGAUAAGUUCUUGGAUGGGUGGCCAAAUCUCUUCAUAGACAAUGUCAAGCAGGACUGUGCAGGCCGCGAUGUCAUAUUUCUUGGGAGUUUCCAUUCACCACAAGUUGUAUUUGAGCAACUAUCUGUUAUCUACAAGAUCCCAAGAUCGUUAGCAAGAUCAUUUACAUUCAUUCUGCCAUACUUCCCGACUGGCACAAUGGAGAGGGAGGAGACGGAGGGGCAAGUGGCCACUGCAAAGACACUUGCCACUCUUCUGUCUGCCACACCCCUCACCGCAAGGGGUCCCACCCAGAUUGUCAUCUUCGACAUCCACGCUCUGCAAGAACGGUUUUACUUUGGUGACUUUGUCAUUCCAAGACUUGAGUCGGCGAUCCCGUUACUGCUUCGUGUGCUGAGCAAUUUCCAAGAAAAAGUCAACAUCGCGUUCCCGGAUGAAGGCGCGUACAAGCGCUUUCACACAAUGUUCCAGGCAUUCCCUAACAUCACGUGCAUCAAAAUACGCGACGGGGACAAAAGGAUCGUCAAGGUCAAGGAAGGUGAGCCGAAAGGAAGUCACGUGAUCAUAGUUGACGAUCUCGUCAUGACAGGAGGGACACUUAUCAUGUGCGCAAAGCAACAUUUACAAAGGGAGUUGACAGCAAAUAAAGAGAGACAAGGGUGCAAAAGUGUCUUCACUUCGCAACGAUAAGUUUGCUAUUUUUGAAGAAGAGAAAAGGCUAAGCGAGGUUUAUUUAAAGGAAUCUACUUCACUCCAAGUUAGUUCGACAAUAUUACACACCUCUGAGGGAGCCACACUUCACAACGAAAAGUUUGUUAUUCUUGAAGAAGAGUUGGCCAUUUCAAGAGAUUCUGCAAAGUCGCAAAGAUUUGAAGGACUCCACCUUACUUUGCGUUUGCUUAACAGUGAAUAACAUCUUUAAAGCGUAUCCAAUCGCUCAGGAUUUGAACAGCCUGAUACUAUAUUGAUCUCUAUGGUAGGGAUAAUAUCUAAACAUUGAUCUAAAUUACAUAAUGAGUUUAAGAUACCCUGGAUACAUCCAGAACCGUUCAGCAAUCUUCCCGACGGACCGUAGACGGACGGAAUACAUCACAGAAAUCGGGAGAUUAAAUACUCCAAUUCUCUACCAGCAAAUACCGAAAUCAUCAUGGCUAGGUCCCGAACCCCCAACACGACAACGCGGAAACAAUCUUCAAUCGGGGACUUACACAAAUAUUUACACCCCGUUCGCUGCGUCCUUUAGGCGUUUUAGUGAAGUAGAAACUCCUUCGCUAAAUUCUGGGAAAACAAAUCUUAUUGCUCCAGCUUCAAUGAGGGAAAGAAAAUUUGCAAAGUCCGCACCGCCGUUGCGAGGGAAGAAAGAGUUUUCUGAGCAUGUUGUCCCGCGGCCAAGCUCCAUGACGUCAAAAUAUCGGCGAAACACUCGAUAUGUUCGAGACAUGUGCUUUUUCCAGCCGACAGUGGACAGGCAGAGGCGCUAUUAUGUCAUACACCCGAGAUGGUUCUCGGAGAAAGAUGUCGACAUACAGAAAAACAAUGAUUGUUCUUAGAGAUCAUAACACGACGAUGAAUUGGUACGAACUGUAAUUACAUGGCUUGCUUAUACUGCAGACUAACUGGGCAUUAACAAGUUAGUGUUCUUUGUGAAUUGGAAAAAAGUUUUACUAAACAGCACCGUGACAAGAAUAACAUACGAACAAAAUAUUGUGAAUAUGAGACAUAAAAAUCCAGAGGGGCCGCCUUUUGUUGUUUAUUAUACUUUUUUAUGUGGCGUAGGCAAUAAUUUAAAAUAUUAGAAUAAUAAAAGUAUCUGAACGCAAUUUACAAAUGCACGAACGAUCGAUCAACCCUGUAACGUUUUUAACUUGUAUUAAUUGAAUUUAUGGUACUGUAUCUUUUGAUGCUGUAAUACAUUUCAUUUUCGCGAAUAAUAUUAAACAAUUGUUCAAAUGG